ACACGCAGUUAACCGCAAGGCAGUGGAAUGGCAUGAUUAAAUAACAACAGUCAUAAUUCCCCGAACCGAGAUUCGAGUCACAGACGGAGUCAGAUCUGCGUUGAACACAGUAUUUUCCAAUUAUCUUCAAUUCUCUAAUUUUGCCCCUCUCCCUUUCAACGUGAAUACCCUCAUAAAUGGUGUCGAGUGAGGAGAACCUGCUUAACUGAACUCAUAAGUUCCCUGGCCGUCCGACUGCGCCCUGAGGGAGUUGCUUUGCACCAAGAAAGCGCCCGGUGUUGCGGUUCUCCUCCUCUCCCCUUCAACACUAAAAACCAAGAAGGAGAUUUCACUCAAGUCGUGCUGUUGUUUUAUGGAUAUCACCGCUGAGAUGAUCCCAAGGUGAGGCCAGAAAGCUGACCAGCAUCCUUGUCUGUCUGUGCAUCCUCAAGAGCUCACCUCCACAUCUGAUUGGACAAUUGGAGCCCCUGAGGAAAACAAAAUGUCUGCCGCUAUGAGCGCCCCCCUCCUGGCCCUCCUCCUCCUCCUGCUGCCCUUGGUGUCUAGUCUCCACCACUCUGACUGUGUCAUCAAGAGAGAACACGAGAAAUGUAUGGAGAGGAUGGCAGAGGAUGACCCAGAAAACGACCUAGAGUUUAGGUGCCCAUGGUUGUGGGAUAACCUGACGUGUUGGCAGCCUGCCCGGGUGGGAGAGGUGGUUGUGGUCAGCUGUCCAGAGCUCUUCAUCCAGUUCAUGAGCGAGGAGGAUGAUGAGCUAGGGAAGGUGAGUCGUAACUGUACGGAGGGCGGCUGGUCUGAGACCUUCCCUCACUAUGUGGAUGCCUGCAUGUUCGACGAACCCAACGGAACCCACGAGCAUCCGGACAUGUACUACGUGUCGGUGAAGGCUCUGUACACGGUGGGAUACAGCACCUCUCUGGUUUCUCUCUGUACAGCCAUGGUCAUCCUUUGCAGGUUCAGGAAGCUGCAUUGCACCAGGAACUUCAUCCACAUGAACCUGUUUGUGUCAUUCAUUCUGAGAGCCAUCUCUGUCUUCAUCAAGGACGGGGUUCUGUACGCAGAGGAGGACAGCAACCACUGCUUCUUACACACUGUGGAGUGUAAGGUGGUGAUGGUGUUCUUUCACUACUGUGUCCUAUCUAACUACUUCUGGCUGUUCAUUGAGGGCCUGUACCUCUUCACUCUGUUAGUAGAGACAUUCUUCCCUGAGAGAAGAUACUUCUACUGGUAUACCAUCAUUGGCUGGGGGACCCCCACUAUAUGUGUGGUGAUAUGGGCAGUACUCAGGCUGCACUUUGAUGACAUAGGGUGUUGGGAUAUGAAUGAUAAUGCUGGUAUCUGGUGGGUGAUUAAGGGACCUGUGCUGGCCUCUAUCAUGAUCAACUUUGUCCUCUUCAUCGGCAUCAUAAUCAUCCUUGUCCAGAAACUGCAGUCACCAGACAUCGGUGGGAACGAAUCCAGUAUUUACCUGCGUCUGGCGCGUUCCACCCUGCUCUUGAUCCCUCUGUUUGGGAUCCACUACACUGUGUUCGCCUUCUCACCCGAAGACGUCAGCAAGAGGGAGAGGCUGGUGUUUGAGCUAGGCCUAGGCUCCUUCCAGGGCUUCGUUGUGGCUGUUCUCUACUGCUUUCUGAAUGGAGAGGUGCAGUCGGAGAUCAAGAGGAAAUGGCGCAGCUGGACGGUGAACAGGUACUUUGCUGUGGACCUGAAGCACCGGCACCCUUCGUUGGCCAGCAGUGGGGUGAACGGGGGAACGCAGCUCUCCAUCCUCAGCAAGAGCAGCUCUCAGAUCCGCAUGUCCAGCCUACAGGCCGAGUCGCCAGCCACCUAAGCCACCUGAACUUCAACGGUGAAGCCCAGGACCAGAGCCAGGGAGAGACCACCACUACUACUACUACUACUACUACUACUACUACUACUU